AUGGAGCAUGCUACAUACGCUCAACAAUAUAGAGAUAUUUACAAAUUUAAGAAAAUAAAAGGAAAUAUCGGUGAACUCCAAGUAUUAGAUACAUUAAACAGACUCGGCAGUAAAUUCUUCUCAAGAUUUUCUAUCAAAUAUUAUGGAGAUGAUGGUAUCGAUAUCCAGGGUUUCUUUAAUUCUACAUAUUAUAUUAUUCAAGUUAAGUUUCAAGCUAAUAAACAAGGAAUUGGAGAAAUUACUAAGUUUAAAGAAAAAAUUCAAGUAUUUAAAAAUACUAUUGGGAUUAUCUUUUGUCCUAGUGGAUUAAGACCUUCUAAAUUAGUCGAAGAACUAUUAAAGAAACCUCUUCAGCAAAAACUAAAACUUCAUUUAAUUAGAUAUUCAUAUGAAUUUCCUUUCGAUCUUGAGAAUGACAUUUCAGAUAUUGGGUAUGUUGGGUUCCAUUAUAUUGGAACAUUUGAGUUAAGGGAAACAAAUCAUCAUAUCAUAGUUUGCAAUAAGCUAGGGGCAUCGAGAAGCAUUCUUGAAGCAAAACUCGAGGAGUUCAAGAAGGCCAAAAAUUGUUAUUUACCAGAAUAUUAUUUUGUUGUAUUUAUCAUCGAUUGCUGGGAUUAUGAUGUUCUACUAAAAUUAAUACAAGAUAGCAAUAUCAUUGUCUCUUCUUUAAACAAUCUGGAAGAGUUGAAAAAACAACUCAAGAAAUGCAUCUAUCAUACAAAUCCUGGCGAAUCAUUUGAUGAGAUAUCUAGCGAUACAAGUUACAAGGAGGUGAUCAUGUACCAUAGGAGUACACAAACAGAAAAUCCAACUAAAGAAAGCAUGCAGAUUGAUA